UUGUGGAAGGUGCCCCAUUAUGGGGCUGGGCAUCGAACCCAGGUGGGCUAGGCCCAGCUGCUGUGGCCUGGCCCUGGUCAGGCUUGGAGGCAGGGCUGGGCAGAGGCCUUGGGCUUCCUCCUCAUGCCUGUGACGACACGUUCCUCCAGCCCAAGCUGCACUCAUCGGGAGCCUGCAUGCAGCCUGGGAUCCUGCUUUCCAAUCUGUAAACACAGGGCGUGUGUCCCAGUGGCUGUGAGUGAGCGAGGGGGUGGCGAGCCAGCUGCACAGGUCCUACGGCCUCAGGCCUCCUUGUUACCGAACAGGCGGUUGGGGGUGGGCCACAGCUGCUGAUUAAAGGCUGCCUGGAUCAGCCUUUGUGGAGACAGGUGCCCAGCAGCCCAGGAAGCUGGCCAGCGCCUGCCCCAGUUUUAGGCAUCGCUGUACCUGUGAGAACAUCACCAUGUCCGAGGCACCCCGGGCGGAGACCUUCGUCUUCCUGGACCUGGAAGCCACUGGGCUACCCAGUGUGGACCCUGAGAUCGCUGAGAUAUCCCUGUUUGCUGUCCACCGCUCGUCUUUGGAGAACCCAGAGCGCAACGAGUCUGGUGCCCCGGUGCCACCCCGGGUCCUGGACAAGCUCACGCUGUGCGUGAGCCUAGAGCACCCCUUCACUGCCAAGGCCAGUGAGAUUACCGACCUGAGCAGUGAGGGCCUGGCGCGGUGCCAGAAGGCCAGCUUCAACAGGGCUGUGGUUCGGAUGCUACAGGCCUUCCUGAGCCGCCAGGAGGGCCCCAUCUGCCUUGUGGCCCACAACGGCUUCGAUUAUGACUUCCCCCUGCUGUGCACGGAGCUGCGGCGCCUGGGCGCCCACCUACCCCAGGACACCAUCUGCCUGGACACGCUGCCAGCGCUGCGGGACCUGAACUGUGCCCACAGCCAUGGCACUCAUGCCCAGGGCUGCAAGAGUUACAGCCUGGGCAGCCUCUUCCGCCGCUACUUCCAGGCAGAGCCGAGCGCGGCCCACUCGGCCGAGGGCGAUGUGCACACCCUCCUCAUGGUCUUCCUGCACCGCGCUGCUGAGCUGCUCGCCUGGGCUGAUGAGCAGGCCUGCAGCUGGGCCCAUGUGGAGCCCAUGUACACGCCACCUGAUGGUCCAAGCCUCGAGGCCUGAGUGCCAGGGGCUCAGCGACGCCCUCACCCAGGGAGAUGAGGCCCACUCCCUGUAGCACGGGCAGCGCCAGCCUUCACGGUUGAACCGAGCUCUGAGGCCUGGAGCUGGCUCCGGACCAGUGCCUCGCUGC